UUUACUUCCGCCGGAGACUCACAUUUUGAAGCCACGUAUCGUAUGUACACUUCUGCACAACUGACAGGGCUACAGGGAAGGAAAUUGUCUUCCUGAAAUACUGAAAAGAAUUUUCAACGCUCAAACCAGCCAGCACAUUCAGCAUUGCAUGAAAAAAUCAGGAAGUAUACUGCGAGACACAUUUAGCUUUUUGACAAGAACAUUAAGUGUUUCUGGACAUCUUGCUAGUUCCGGCUGUUUGAACAAAGAAGGAAAGUCUGACCUGAAAUGAACUUGGUGACAAGGAUGUUGCUUCUUCUAGCCGUUUCCAGUUCCCUUUCAGCAAAGACUAGACGACAGUCACAUAGGACCUACAAUAACAGGAUAUUUAAUUCCAGGAAACAUCAAGAAAGGAGAGACCCGCUCUCACUGCCAGAUGCAGGAUCUUGCAACGUCAACAUUUUCUGUUAUUGGCCAUGUGACAAUAUUGUUUAUCAGAUAUAUAAUAAGGUUUGCGGCAGCAGAAAAGGUUGCAGAUGUGACGUGUUGGUGUUGAAGACAUUGUGGUCAGAGCGCUGUGACUGUAGGAAGGGCUCCUUUGUCUCAAGAAGCACCCCGGGUACUCCGAGUACAUCGAGUUCAACGAGUACACCGAGUACACCGAGUACACCGAAUACCACUGUACUGACUGCAGCAGCUGGCACGCUGGUGGGAACAGCGGCCACCAGUCGGACUUGUGUAAUAAUUGGCAUUGUCUGCGCUGUUGUGGCAUUCUUUCUUGGAGUGAUCCUCAGCCUUGCUGUGGUCUUCUUAAGACGAAAAAAGGCCAAUAGACAGCAUGAAGAACCUUCUAGGGAAAAUGAAGUGAGUGAAAUAAAAGCACAGCUAAAAGAGGCGUCAGACCACCGCGAGGAUAUUCACACCUAUUAUUUGAGAAAGGAACCAGACACGUCCAAUGACAACAAAUCUGUUAUCGAAUCAGAGACCUCUCCUGAUGUCCUUCCUAAGAAAGAAGAUUCGGAUGCCGGCGUGUGCUGCCAUCUUGGUGUUGUCAGUGAAGCUAAGACUAGAGAAAACACAUCUUUAAUGUCGCCAGACCACGAUACUGCAGAUGAUAGUAGUUGUACUUCUUCGGGAGACGAAGACGACUACACGUGUUUGAGAGUCACGAUGCCCCAAGCUGCAGGCUCCCUGGAACGUAAUGAGAAUAUUUAUUUUGAGCUAGAACCUCCCAGCGCCCUGGAAAGGGAUGAGACUAUAUAUUUUGAGCUAGAACCUACCAGCGCCAAUGGUCGAGACGAAUCGGGUGAUGAUAACAGCAAUAGGAAUGACCAUAGCUAUUAAGAUUAUAAUGCUAAUAUAUGAAAAUACCUCAUCGACAGUGAAACUCGACACCAUCAAGCAAAGACAGUUACUGCUGUCUUUGAGAUCAUAAUUAUUUGUAUGUCUCUGUGUUUAUAUUUUAAGCUCCUUGAGACUGGAUGAUGCUGUAGAAAGGCUCUAUUGAAAUAUGCUUUAUUAUUAUUAUUAUUAUUAUUAUUUACUGGCAGUGUUGACUACGAGCUAAAUUCAUGGGCGACAAAAAUCCACCUUAGCAGGUUUUUUUUUGCUGUAGUUAGAAAUAAUCCAGGUUUAUUUCUUAAAGAAAAGAAACAAUAAUUUAUCUUCAUACAUAUACAUAGAUAUUGCGCUGGUUUACUUUCACUAACUCUUAAAUACAAAUCUGAUUCUUACUGUUAAAGUUAUUCUUCCAUGCACUUUGUUAAUAAACUUAAACGUUCUUAGA